CAUCUCUCUUCGAGCACUCAGCCUUAGUUGCCUUCUUUUCUUUACCUCGAGAUGGCCCCGUACGACCUCGAAUCUUAUGGAACAGCAGACCUCCACGAUGUACUUGCCAAGCUGACCGUAGCUGAAAAGAUUUCUCUGCUUGCGGGGCCAGAUUGGUGGACAACGACACCAAUCCCGCGCGUCGGUGUGCCUCGUAUUAAGUGUUCUGACGGUCCAAAUGGAGUGAGGGGUAGUUCGCACUUCUUGCCUUCUCCAGCACAGUGUAUUCCAUGCGCAACAGCCCUCGGAGCAACCUUUGACAUCAGCCUAAUAAACGAAGCGGGAGGAUUAUUGGCGCGUGAAUGUAAGGCAAAGGGGAGUAGUCUCCUCUUGGCACCGACAUGUAACAUCCAGAGAAAUCCGUUGAAUGGAAGAGCUUUUGAAAGUUUCAGCGAAGACCCGUUUCUCUCUGGGAUGAUUGCCGCUCACUACAUAAUUGGUCUCCAAAGCAACGGUAUCGGCGCUGUCAUCAAGCAUUUUGUGUGCAACGACAUGGAACAUGAGCGACUUUCCGUUGAUGUUCGCGUGGGAGAGGCGAGCAUCAAGCCCCCUACGCGAAAUAUACCUCAUGCCUUUCAUGCUGGCUCAGAAGAUUGCCAACCUUGGGCCGUCAUGACCUCUUAUAGUCGCGUCAAUGGGAUCCAUUGCUCAGAAAAUCAUCGACUACUACAGACUAUUCUCCGCGAGGAGUGGAGAUUCGAUGGUAUGGUAAUGAGCGACUGGAGUGGGACCUACUCUACUUCAGAGGCCGUCAACGCUGGACUAGAUCUCGAAAUGCCUGGACCCACACGCUGGAGAGGGGACCUCAUCAAUCAUCUUAUCCAUGCCGGUAAAAUAUCUUUCGACGCUUUAUCCUCACGGGCAUACGCCAUCCUUCAAGUCGUUCAGCGUGCAGUGCGCGCGGACCCGUCUCUUGUCAAGAACAAUACACUUCCAGAGCGUCAGCUCGAUCCUCCUGAUGACAUUAUCCUCAACAGAAGACUAGCUGCGGAGAGUAUAGUUCUACUAAAAAACGAUUUUGGAGUCUUGCCCGUCGACAUGAAAAAAAUAAAGAAGCUUGCAGUCAUUGGACCAAACGCCAAGACGAGGACCGUCAGUGGGGGUGGAUCAGCAUUCUUGCUAAGUAGUUAUGUCGUAACGCCCCUUGAGGGAAUCGAGGCAGCUCUGCAGGGGACCGAUGUCAACGUUGUAUAUUCACCAGGAUGCUAUGCACAUCGAUAUCUUCCUAUGCUCGAUGGAUGGAUCAAGACCGCCGAUGGCACAGAUGGCUGGACUGCGACAUUCUACAAUUCUGACCCUGAUGCCGACACUCCUCCCCUUUCAACAUAUACUCUCCUCUCGACACGCCUCCGUAUCAAUGAUGAGAAACCUAAAGGUUUGGCGGAGCAUUUCUACAUCAUACUCCGUGGAUACAUCACUGCGCAAGAGAGCGGUCCCUUCGAACUGGGAAUAUCGCUAGUUGGACGCGCGACCGUGAGUCUCGAUGGAAAACUGAUCGUGGAUAACGGCAUGGACCGCCCCCAAACUCCCGGCGAUAGUUUCUAUGGACUAGGAACCAUUGAAGAGACUGCCACUGUGGACCUCGUUAAAGGAAAGACGUAUGAAAUUCUUGUAAAAUACACUAAUACGCCGCUUCCCGUCUCUUCUGACCAAGGGGAAGCGAAACAGCCUCCGCUCAUGAUGGCUGCCCUUCGUGUCUCUGGUGUGCCGAAAAUUGACCCUACCAUAGCACUCGAUGAUGCCGUGACCAUCGCCCGCGAUGCCGAUGCUGUGAUAUGCGUUAUUGGAACCAAUAUGGACUGGGAAGCCGAGGCAAGCGAUCGAAAAGGGUUGGAGCUACCUGGACUCACAGAUGAACUCGUGCGGCGAUUGCUUGACGCGAACCAAAAUACAGUUGUGGUCAAUCAAUCCGGCUCUACAGUGGCGUUCCCUUGGGUGGACAAGGCAAGCACUGUAGUACAGGCAUGGUUUGCCGGAAAUGAAUGCGGAAAUGCCCUUGCGGAUGUCAUCUUUGGCAAAGUCAAUCCCGCUGGCCGGUUACCUCUCACGUUCCCCAAGUGUAUCGAGGACUGUACAGCGCAUCUCAACUGGGGCGCUGAGAGUGGAAGAGUGACAUACGGUGAAGGUAUCUUUGUCGGGUACCGUGGGUACGAAGAAACUAAGCGAAGACCAACGUUCUAUUUCGGCCAUGGACUGAGCUACACCACAUUCGGAAUCCUUUUGACAGAAUGGUCGCCGCUUGAAGUUAAACUUACCGGUGCUUCGACUGAAAUCAGUGCCGCAGCUAAGCUUACUGUUACUAACACGGGGUCGCGACCUGGAUCCGACGUUGUCCAGUUAUACGUUAUCGACAAAGUGUGCUCUUACCGACGACCCAAGCGCGAACUCAAAGGGUUUGCCAAGACUGAGAUACUCUCUCCCGGCCAGUCACAAGAAUUGGAGAUCACGCUAGACAAAAUGGCGUUCUCAUUCUAUAAUGAUGCGCGAAUGGCUUGGGUGGUGGAGAAGGGAUUAUUCAGUAUCUGUGCUUCUAGAAGUGCCAAUGAGGCGGACGUUAUGAGUGUUGCGGAGGUGUUGGUUGACGAAGACCUCAUUUGGAGUGGUAUUUAA